AUGGAAUCAGCAACCUCUACGAGCGUGGAGACGGCCACCUCCCCAAUUUCAAGCCGUAGACGCGAGGUAUCCGGCACGCAGCAGCAGCAGCAGAAUGCCAAUGAGCCUACAAGGACUGGCCGCGCAAAUGGGGCACCGACCUUUGUGAGGAGAUACAGACAUGUUGCAGCCAUUCACUCCAAGACGCAACCAUCAACGUUGAGCCACGAUGCUGCCGCGGCCCCUAGCUUUCUCGGUUUUCGAAAUUUGAUGGUCAUCACUCUUGUUGCGGGAAACCUUCGUUUGGUCAUUGAGAACCUGCAGCGGUAUGGCAACUUAAUUUGUCUAAACUGCCAUGGCUUCCGGAAACACGACGUUUUACUGGGACUUGGUCUUUACUUUGUGAUACCAUGCUUUUUGUGGGUUGCCCACUCCAUCGAGCUCUUUGCUGCACAACAGGCCAAGGCAUCACGAGCUCUGGCCGUUCGCAGAGGCGGCUCGGCCAGCCCCACGGAAGACCAAGCCGAGUCCUUCAGGGCCAUGUGGAUCAGGGUGAGAUGGUUGCAUGGGCUCAACGCCACCUUGGCAUUGAGUUUAACCAGCUGGGUAGUCUACAGCUACAUUCACCACCCACUGAUAGGUACUGCGACUGAAGUGCAUGCCAUCAUCGUCUGGCUGAAGACGGCUUCUUAUGCCCUGACCAACCGAGAUCUCCGCCAUGCCUACCUUCAUCCGGUGAAGGGCGAAUUGGCCGCGCUUCCCGAGAUUUACUCCAAGUGUCCUUACCCCGAAAACAUCACCAUGAGCAAUCUGGCUUACUUUUGGUGGGCGCCGACUCUUGUAUAUCAGCCAGUCUACCCCCGGACCGAAAAGAUACGCUGGAGGUUUGUAUUCAAGCGCAUUGGCGAGGCUGUCUGCUUGAGCGUAUUCAUUUGGUUCUGCAGCGCCCAGUAUGCGGCUCCCGUCCUGCAAAACUCACUAAACAGCAUGAGCACUCUCCGUGUUGCUUCCAUUGUGGAAAGGCUGCUGAAGCUAUCAACAAUCUCCCUCGUCAUCUGGCUCGCGGGCUUCUUUGCUCUUUUCCAGUCUACCCUGAAUGCUUUGGCCGAAAUCACUAGAUUCGGCGAUCGAAACUUCUACGACGACUGGUGGAAUGCGACCAGUCUGCGCGACUAUUGGAACAUGUGGAACAAACCUGUACAUGCUUUUAUGAGGCGACAUGUCUACUCUCCCAUGAUGGGGAGGGGAUAUGGCCAAACCCGCAGUUUUCUCGCAGUUUUCUUUGUCUCGGCCGUCUUGCACGAGAUGGCUGUCGGAGUGCCCACACACAAUAUCAUUGGCGUGGCCUUUCUAGGCAUGAUGAUGCAACUGCCAUUAAUUGUGAUGACAGACUUGGUCAAGAAGUUUGUGGGCGAGCCACGAGGCAAGAUUGUUGGAAAUUGCACAUUUUGGAUCACCUUUACCAUUCUUGGCCAGCCUUUCGCCGCAUUGAUCUACUACUAUGCCUGGCAGGCCAAGUUUGGAAGCGUGAGCAAGAUCAAGGCAUGA